AUGGCAAAUGAUGUAGAGGAAAAUCCUGGACCCACAAUAUAUGAUGUGGUUGAUCCAACUAAAACAAUAUAUGCAGAUUUUAGUCAGGGAAAUACAAAAAAGUUUCGACAAAAUGCUGGUAAACAAUGUUUAGCAAUGUCUUUGACUGCGAUAAUAUAUAAUCAUAUCACAAAUGCAAAUGCAUGGGAUUCAACUGUAUUAAAUUCCAUACUGUGUGCUGGAAAUAACCUUUAUUCUUUUAUAAGCAAUUCUGUUAAGAAAAGCUAUUUGCUUUUAACUGACGUGCCUGAAAUGGUUUCGGUUUUUGAUGGCAUUUAUUGUAUGCAAUAUGGUGAACCGUUUGCUGGUGACUUAUUCAUGGCAAAUACUGCUCUACCUUAUUAUUCUAUAGAGAAUGCUCUUAAUAAUCUGUUUAUGGAAAAUUAUCAACAUUGUAUGUUGACGAUUGGUUGUAAUACUGUUGCAAUUUUUAAGACUUCUGAAGGAACCUUUAAAGUAUUUGAUUCUCAUUCAAGAGAUUUAUAUGGGAGAUUCACAGGAAACGUAUACUACAACAAAGUGGAAUAUUCAUUAAACAAAAUCCAG